CCGGGCGCGGGGGAGGGGAAGGGCCCGGGGACGGCGCCGCGAGCGGAGCCGGGGACGACGACGGGGACGCACGGACGGACGGAGGGCCGGGAUCCGUCCCGGGAGAAUCUUCAGCCAUGACUAAGCGCGAAGCGGAGGAGCUGAUAGAAAUUGAGAUCGAUGGGACAGAGAAACAAGAAUGCACAGAGGAGAGCAUCGUGGAGCAGACGUACGCCACGGCCGAGUUUGUGAGCCAGGCCAUCGACAUCAACGAACCCGUAGGCAAUCUGAAGAAACUGCUGGAACCGAGACUCCAGUGUUCGUUGGAAGCGCACGAGAUCUGCCUCCAAGAUAUCCAGCUGGACCCGGACCGCAGUCUCUUCGACCAGGGCGUGAAGACGGAUGGAACGGUGCAGCUUAGCGUGCAGGUCAUCUCCAGGCAAGGGAUAGAGCCCAAGUUGAACAUCCUCGAGAUCGUGAAGCCCGUGGAGACGGUGGAGGUGGUCAUCGACCCCGACGCCCACCAGACGGAGGCCGAGGCCCACCUGGUGGAGGAGGCCCAGGUCAUCACCUUGGACGGCACCAAGCACAUCGCCGCCAUCUCGGACGAGACCUCCGAGCAGGUGACCCGGUGGGCGGCGGCCCUGGAAGGCUACCGCAAGGAGCAGGAGCGUCUGGGCAUCCCUUACGAUCCGGUCCAGUGGUCGACGGACCAGGUCCUGCACUGGGUGGUGUGGGUGAUGAAGGAGUUCAGCAUGACGGACAUCGACCUCAACACGCUGAGCGUGCCCGGCCGCGAGCUGUGCAGCCUCAACCAGGAAGACUUCUUCCAGCGCGUCCCCCGCGGAGAGAUCCUCUGGAGCCACCUGGAGCUCCUGCGUAAAUACGUGCUGGCUAGCCAAGAGCACACGGGAGAGAUCGCCACCGUCACCAUCGAUCAGCCCGUGCAGAUCAUCCCCGCGUCCGUCCAGCCCGCCACCCCCACCACCAUCAAAGUCAUCAACAGCAGCGCCAAGGCGGCUAAGGUGCAGCGGGCCCCGAGGAUCUCGGGGGAGGACAGGAGCUCGCCCGGUAACCGGACAGGGAACAACGGUCAGAUCCAGCUGUGGCAGUUCCUGCUGGAGCUCCUGACGGACAAGGACGCCCGCGACUGCAUCUCUUGGGUGGGCGACGAAGGCGAGUUCAAGCUCAACCAGCCCGAGCUGGUGGCCCAGAAGUGGGGCCAGCGCAAAAACAAGCCCACCAUGAACUACGAGAAGCUCAGCCGCGCUCUGAGGUAUUACUACGACGGCGACAUGAUCUGCAAAGUGCAAGGCAAGAGGUUCGUGUACAAGUUCGUGUGCGACCUGAAGACGCUGAUCGGGUACAGCGCGGCCGAGCUGAACCGGCUGGUCACCGAGUGCGAGCAGAAGAAACUGGCCAAGAUGCAGCUGCACGGCAUCGCCCAGCCCGUGGCCGCCAUGGCCCUGGCCACGGCCUCGCUGCAGGCGGACAAAGAGUAGCCCCGCUCCCGCCCGCCUCCGUCGGCGCCGCCCCCUCCCCGCCCGGCGGCCGGGCGACCGCGGGGGCGGGGGCCCGCGUCUCGGGGCUCCCCCGAGGCGUGGGGAGGAUCACCCCGGGCUCCCGGAGGGGUGGACGGGCCUCCUCGGCCCACGCCGAAACGUUCCCUCGCCGACGCGCUCCCGGCGGCCCUGGCCUCCGACCGGCCGGUCCCCCCGCCCCCCGCCCGUCCGCUCCCCCUCCCCGGACGCCCGGGAGGGGACGUCCCGGGGCCCCCCCGGCCCGAGACGCCCACGUCCCCGUUCCCGAAAUCCCGCCCCCGCCGCGGGGGCGGGCACGUCCGGCGGGCCCGGAACCGCGACCCGCGCCGGAGACGUCGCCUUCUCGGACGGCGACGGGGUGGUUGACGCCCCCCGCCGGAGACCCGAGCCUCGAGAAGGCUAUACCUCAGGGGGCCGGGGGGCUGGCCGGGCGCCCCCCUCCCGGUGCCGCCUCGGGCAGGCCGGGCACCUCCCGCCUCGGUUCCCUUCCCAACCCGGCAGGGAGGGAGAUGGAAAGGCCCGGUGCGGGGGUGAAGAUGGGAGACGGGCACGGGCUCCUCGGCGGGGCUUCCCGAUCCCCCUUCCCUGUACCGGCGGAAAGCACGGCCGAGGGCGCCGGGAAGCCCGAAGCGCGGCUCGACCGGGCGCCCGGGGCCGCGGACCCGCCCUGAGCCGGCGCCCCCCGCUCCCACCCGCCCCGUCUCCGCCCGAGAAAGCGGCCUCCCCCUCGAAGGGCGUCCCCGAGACCCGCUUUCGGCCGAAGGACCGGAGCGGGCGGAGCAGACGGCGGCCCUUCCCUCGGGCCCCUCUGCCCACGGGGAGAGGAGAAGGGCGGAGGGGGCGCGUGGGGUAACGGGAAGCGGAAUCGGAUCCUAGAAAAACAGGUCUCCCCCUCAAGGUGGACGGGAGGCGUAGAGGGGUCAAGAAAUCCUCCAGCGGAGUCCCGGUGCAGCGAAACGGGGGAGAGGUGGGGCCGGGGGGGGGGGGGCGAGAACGUUUCGGUUGCAAGUCGGCAGGGGCAAGUGGUUCCUCCUGCCUUCCGCCCACGGGGUCCGAAGAAAGGGAGAGGGUCGGAGCGGGGCCGGUGGGGUGGGGGCUCGGAGGGGGGCGUCCAGCCGACGGCCCGGAGCGCCCCGCGAGCGUCCCCGCAAAGUCGCGGUCCCGCGGCCGGGAUUUUCCUCGGUUCUCCGUUGCGAGAACCCCCUCCCGCACCCAGCGGGGGGGUCGGACCCGGACCCCCGCCCGCCCCCAGGCCGGACAACCUAGCCGAGGCCAGUUCCCCUGUAAAUAGCAGACGGCCCGUAGCCCCGGGACCCGCCCCCCCCCCGCGCCCCCGUAUUUAAGAACUAGGUGCCCUCCGAGGAGACCCGGGCCCUCCCCGCUGUCCGGGGGCGAAGGCCCGCCGUCGCCCAGCGGAGAGCUGGGGGCCGGAGGGCCUCCGUGACUGACCGGACAGCUUCGGACCUCAGAGGUGUAAAUGAAAUAAUCCGCGGGGCCGGGCUCGGGCCGGUCCCAGCCCCAACUUUUGUAAAACUAAGAACUUUUGCAUACGUUUUUACUCUUUAAAUAAAGACACCUAUAGUCUCCUAAUAACA